GUUUUAUGAUACAAUAAAAUGUUAGUAUUUUUAUAUUAAAAUGAAAGUGUGCGCUUGUGUUCUGCUGUUCACCAUACUCGCGAACGUAGAUAGAAGUGCUGCUGACUCUCCGCCCUUGAAUGGAAGGGCCGUUCAUUUGGCUUUAGAAACCGUCCUAGAAUUUAACGACAAAGACAAAGAAUCAGAUCUAAAGUUUCUAGACAAAGUAAAAAGUCUAAUAAACAAAGUUAAGACUGUGAUUGAUAAAUCAGGCAGCUAUAGAAGGGAGUUCAAAGAUGGGGACAUUGAAACACUCACUGAUUUUAUACAACAAGCUGUCAGUAUACUAAACUCAUACGACGACGCAACAUUUGAUGAUUUCUUCAAAACUCUAGACGAUGAAGUACGAAAAUAUCAUUACAGGGGAUGUAAGUUUCAUGAAUUGAUGGAGAAUUUUGAAAUUAGGUCAUUGUUAGGUACUGCAUUUGAUUUGAUUAAGGCAAAACCAGUCCAAGUUAUAAAGGCAUACAUGACCGUGCUUGCUGAUACGUUGAAAGAUGAAAGUUACGAUAGCAAUGUUAAAGAAAUCAUAAAUAACAUCAAUUCAUUGUACGGGACAGAGUCUAAAAACAAACUGACAAAAUUUUUACAAGAAAUUGACAACUAUGGGAAAGGUACGUCGGAGAAGAAACACAGUACUUUAGUCAGAAUCCUUAGAGAUGGGAUCCGGUCGAUAGUAUUUGAUCAUUAUACAGAAUUGAACCCUUAUGCAAGAAGAGAGUUGAAGGCCAAAAUAGAAAUGUACUUGAAAAAGUGCAAGGAAUCUCCAUCUAAUUUAACUAGUAAUAAUGUCAAGUCAGAAACAAUACCGAAAAAGUCGCUCCGACACGGCGUAUAUAAGAAAGACACUAUAAUACCAUCUGAAAAGAAACUGGCCAGAAUAGAUAUAAAUCCAAAGGAUUUUAAAAAGAAAUCUGUUGAAAGACUUUCAGGGGAUGAGAAAAAAGGAAUUCGACACCAUAGAAAAGAAAAGAAAAGACAAUUGAAAUUUCCCGCAAUCCCUGUACCAACAGUAAAAGAAGAAGACAAAGAAUUGAAAGCUCAAUCACAAGAUGAAGAACUAUCAUCACUAUUCUCGAGUUCUGAAGAUGAUGGUGAAGCAACAGACGAAACCGUUGAAAGAAAUUCCAUAGAUAUCUCACCAGAAAGAAAGAAAGCAUACAAUACUAUGAGAUAUGUAACACUAUAUCCUGAAGCAAUUACAAAUGUCCCGAGAGACAAUGACAAAGAUACAAAUGUCGUUCAUCGAUCAGGCAGAGCCACCACACCAAGACAACACAGAUUCCUAACCAUGUUGGUGGAAGAAUCAACAGGAGGAAUUCCGCAAUACAUACUGAAUAAAUACAAGGCCACAUCGCUGAAACCACGCAAGCGAAAGCAUAAGAAAGCAAACACGAAGAAGGAGAAGAAACAUAAGAAAAAGCACACGAAAACUAAAGACAAACAUUAUAAUAAAGAUGAAGGUAGAGAAAGUACAAAGAAGAAACAUGGACAGAAAUAUAAAACACAUCAUAAUACAAGAUAUACAAAGAAAUAUGUAACAAAACACACAACUACAUACAAACCUAGCCGUGAACAUCAUUAUACUUCCAAGAAACAUAAAAGUAAACCAAGUUAUGAGAAACUGAAACAUAGCAACAGUAAGAAGAUACAUAAACUGCAAGAGAUCAAAGAGGAUCCUCCAGGAUUGUCUACAAAAAAAAUUAACAACAUAUUCGGACCUGUGAGAUUGGAUGUUAA